AUGAAUAAUUCAUAUAAUCAUAGUCAUUUAUUAACUAUAAUUAUGAAUAAUGAUAGUCGAAUUGAUUCAGAAACGCAUACAAUUACACAAAUUUGUUUUUCAUUAGCAUUUUGUUCUACAUUAAUACAUUUAAUAUUUAUAUUAUAUUUUAAACGUAUAAGAAAACUUUAUGGUUUAUGUAUAAUUAUACAUUGUUUAUUUUAUUCAAUUUCAUAUUUAAUAACAUUAAUUACAUGUUCAUUAAGUAAAAAAACUAAUCUUAUUCAUAUUAUUUUUGGAUAUUUAGCUGAUUAUUGUAUAUUGACAACUAUAAUUAUGAAUUUAAAAUCAUCAUUAAUGAUUGUUUAUUUAUUAUGGAAUAAACAAGAAAAUGUCAAUUGUUACCAUGGCAACUAUCAAUUAUGUAAUUCUAAUAACGUAUGUUUAAAUCAUAUUAAAAAAUUAUGUUAUAUAAUAGGACAUAUAAUGGUUAUUAUUUUACCUAUAUUAUGUAUUGUAAUUAGUAUAAUUUUAUUUGAAACUAAUAAUUAUAUCAGUGAAGAACAUGAAGAAUUUGCUGUGAUAUCAUGUAAUUUAACACCAAAUUAUGGACAUUUUUAUAUUUUCUUUCCAAUAUUAUUUAUAUUAUUAUUAUUACAAUUUUCUUGUAUUUUAAUUACAAUUAAAUUACUUAUGAGUCAACAACAAAAUAAUAAUAAUGAUAAUAAUAAUCAUGAUAAUAUUAAAACAUUAUGGAAAACAACAAAUAUAAGUGCACGUUUUUGGAUUACAUUAAAAUUUACAAUGACACAUAGUUUAGUAUGGUUAAUUGCAUUUUUAGCAUUAAUACAAGCAUCUACUUCUAUUUGGCAUGUAUUCACAUUAUUAUAUAGUUUACAAGCUAUUUAUAUUACGGUAAAUUGUACAUUUACACGUCCUGUAUUAGAUUUAAUUUAUCAAUGGCGUGAAGAAAAAAUUGAUUAUUAUAAAAAUGAACAUAAUCUAUUAUUGAUUAAUCAUAUUUUAAAUACUAAUCAACAAAAUGAUACAAAACAAGAUCGAAUUAAAAAUAUAUUGAUUUAAUUAUUAAGUAAAAUUCUAUAUAAACAUUGUUUAUAGGCGGCGUGUUUGAGUAUUUGGGUUACCUGUUCCUAACAUCUAGAUAUUUCAAUAAGUUAUCUAUUUUUGUUUGUUUUAAUAUAUCAUUAUGUCUAUUCAUCGCAUAACAAAUCCUGGUGUAUUUCUGAAAAUUGAACAACUUUUCAUUGUCAAAAUUACAAAAAGCCCAAUAAGAAAUAAUGUGGUCGCUGGCAAUAUGCAUCAAAAAGAAUAUACAAUUACUGGACUGCUAACAUCAAACUGGUGAUCACUCAAUGUUUAUCGUCAGGAUCGAUCAAGAAGUAAGAAACAGAAACUUGUUGAAAUACUUUGUGCUGAGAAUUCUAUAUUGUACCAAAAAUAUAAUAUUGAAUAAAGCUGAUGAUAAUAAUAAUCAUAUAUUUGUACAUGUUAAUAUACAGUUGUAUACAUAAAAUAAUAUUCAUUAUAUCAAUUCAUAUGUACAAUUAGUGAAGAUCUUGUAUUUCUUUUUAUUAUCAUUUGGCUCUUGUUAUAUGUAUGAAUUAAUAGAAGUAUUAAAUUUUUCUUUUACCUUAACUAUAAGUAGUAUGUUAAGAAGUUUUGUAAUGAUAAAACUUUACAACAAACGAUUAAAUGUAAAAUGUAUUUGUAAAAUCUCAGUGAAAGAAUAUGAAAUCAAUCCAACGUUUACCUGGUAACAUGAUUAAAGCUUUUUCAUUAGAAAUAUAUCCUUGAAAAAUCAUUAGGACAUGGUAAUUUUGUUUGAAACAUUAUGAUGAUUCGAAAUAAUCAGGGUUUUUUUGGAGGGGGGGGUAAUCUCCUUAAAGUAUGCCUUAUUAGAUAAUGAUAUUUUAAAGCUAAUAAUUUCUUAAACGAACUCAGUUUAUAUCAGAUUUGUGAUCAAGGAAAUAUAUUCUUAAAAAAGCUUGAACCAGAUUGCUAGAUGAAAUGUUGGAUUUACUUCAAAUUUAUUCGCUAAGCUUUUACAAAUAUAUUCUUCUUCAUUUAAUGUCUCAUAUUAACUCUGCGCUUAAAAAUUGUGAAACUAUUCAAUCAAAUUUAGACAAAAGUUCAUAUUAAGUGUAGAUUUAAAAUUUUUUUUGUUUAAUAUUUUUAUAAUCAUUUUGAAUUGAUGUGAAAUAUUAAAGUUUAGGUAUUAUAUACCUGUUAGGACACGAGAAACAUAAUGAAUGGUAACUUUGGGAUCCAUUUAUGGACCAAUAGUAAACGUAUAUUUUUAUCGUAUAAUUGUUAAAUAACUAAACUAUUCAUAUUCAUGUUCCUCUUAUUAUAAGCUUUAUUUUGACCCAUAAAUUAUUAUUAUAGGUUUUACCAUUCUUGAGUUAUACCCAGUAUAUUAAUUACUACCUCCCACAUUCACAGCUUCAUCUAGCUAAUUCUUGUACAAAUGUUGUUUCAUAUUUUAUUGGUACGUUGUGGUCUAUUUGAUUACUAUAUAAACUCAG